UAACCUUGAGGGGUGAAGAGGAGCUGCGAGGCUGCUUGUUUGAGGGAGGCUGGAAGAACCACGCACCAGAAAGAUAAGAAAACCAAGGGGGUGGAUACCGCCACAGGGAUUGCACUGUCAGUUCAUUGCUUCCGUUAUUAUCGUGGUUCUCCGGGGAACCGACGCUGGUCGAGCGUAUGGCGGUGAGGGCGAUGCCAGCGGGGCGGCUACACCUGGCCCCGCGCAUCGGCUUUGAAGUCUCGCUGUUGCCUGCUGAAUUCUGACAGGAUUAAAGGAAAAACCCUUCCCUUCACGUGUCAAAGCGGCUUUCGUGUCACGUCUGGGCCAUGGUGGGCGAGGAGCAGAGAGCUGAGCGGCCCCAAAGCGGGCGCGCUGCGGGGUGCUGGUGUGCCUGCCAGCCGGGCCUGAGCUCCUCAUCCGUGCCCUGCCACCGGCGCUGGGGCGGGGAGGAGGCCGGGCUGCCAGCUCUGCCGUCCGGAAGGACGGUGUCUGCCUAUCCCGUGACCGGGGUCCAGCCAGAGACACCGCAUCGUGCCGCUGCCCGCCUUAGCCAGGAGCCGGCGUGGGGAGCCGCCAUGGCGGCGGAGGCUCCCGGCACCCUCCCUGUUCAGCUGGUGGAGCAGCCCAGAUUGCAGAAGCUGAAGGAGAUGUUUAUAUCAAAAUUUGGAUCAGCUCCCAAGUUUUAUGUUCGUGCGCCAGGGCGAGUCAACUUAAUAGGAGAACAUAUAGACUACUGUGGUUAUGCUGUGCUCCCUAUGGCUAUAGAACAAGAUAUACUGAUUGCAGUAGAACCUGUAAAAACUCAAGUUGUGCACCUGGCAAAUACCAAUUCUCUUUAUUUGGAUUUCAGUACUAAUGUUAAUAACAUUCAGAUUAACAAAACCAAACCUCAGUGGCAUAACUACUUCCUGUGUGGACUGAAGGGUAUUCAGGAACAUUUUGGUCUUAAUAACCCAACUGGAAUGAAUUGUCUGCUAGAUGGAACCAUUCCUCCAAGUUCUGGUCUCUCUAGCUCCAGUGCUUUGGUGUGCUGUGCAGGACUCGUGACACUAAGAGCUAAUGGAAAAACCCUCUCUAAGGUGGAGCUUGCAGAAAUUUGCACAAAGAGUGAACGUUACAUUGGCACAGAAGGUGGAGGAAUGGACCAGUCAAUCUCUUUCCUGGCAGAAGAAGGAACUGCCAAGUUGAUAAAGUUCAGUCCUCUGAGGGCAACUGAUGUUAGACUUCCAAGUGGAGCAGCGUUUGUUAUUGCUAACAGUUGUGUUGAAAUGAACAAAGCAGCAACUUCUCAUUACAAUAUUAGGGUAAUGGAGUGUCGUCUGGCUACAAAGGUCAUUCUAGAAUUUCAUACUCUUUGCAGGAAGAUCCAUCUUCUUUCAAAGUUUAAAGGCUUGGACUGGGAAAAAAUGUUGAGACUCCACGAUGUGCAAACCAGGCUAGGAGUUAGCCUGGAGGAAAUGCUGACCAUUGUCGAGGAGGUAUUACAUCCUGAGCCUUACAGCGCAGAGGAAAUUUGUAAAUGCCUGGGAAUUAGCCUGGAGGAGCUCCGCUCUCAGAUCCUGAGUCAAAACACGCAAGAUGUUUCCACCUUUAAGUUGUACCAGCGUGCAAAGCAUGUGUACAGUGAGGCUGCAAGAGUGCUGGAAUUCAAGAAGAUAUGCAGCGAAGCACCUGCCAAUGCACUCCAGCUGCUGGGAGAAUUAAUGAACCAGAGCUAUAUCAGCUGCAGGGAGAUGUAUGAGUGCAGCUGUCCUGAACUGGAUCGCCUGGUAGACAUCUGCCUGCAAUCUGGGGCCAUUGGGUCACGUCUGACUGGAGCUGGAUGGGGUGGCUGCACUGUGUCAAUGGUGCCCACUGACAAGCUGAACACUUUCCUAAAAGAUGUAAAAAAAGCUUAUUACCAAAGUGAUGUCCAAAGGUUAGAGAACAGUCUGUUUGCCACCAAACCUGGAAGAGGAGCUUUGGUUUUUGUUGAGGCCUGAAGAACGUAGAAACUCUGAAAGUAUGUAGGGCAUUUGGAACUGGCAGUACUUCCCAUGCCACAGCAAAUGAAUGCUUUUGCUGGUUUUUAUUGUAACGAGCAGUUGCUAUUAUCAAAGUAUAUUCCUGAAGAAGUGAUUAAACAAACACUCUUUGAUCAUAAAGUCUUUUUUCUUCCAUACUAAAAGUACCUUUCAGUAUAAACUUUGAUUUACCAAAACCUAUUGAUAAGGA